ACUCGGGGCCUCAGUCCCAGAGCCGACUUGGGGGGGGGGCGGGAAGCCCUGCAGGCGACUUGGUGGGAAGGAGGCGGGGCUUCGUGGUGGCAGGGGCGGAGCAAUAGCAGGGAGGAGCUUCCUAGUGGGCGUGGCUUAGAAUGGAAAUGGGCUGGGCUUGAAGGAUGGAAGAGACCUACUUGGAGCUGAGUGGGGAAAUGGGGCUCUAGGCGAAGGUGGGCGCAGCUUAGGGUAGAAGGGGAGUAGCUGGUCUAAGAGUAGGCACGGUGAGGUGAUGGGAUUGAGGUGUGCAGUUUGGCGAGUCUUAGUGGAAAUAAUAAGCCUUCAUAAUGUAAGUGCGGUGACUUAGGGGGGGAGGGGCUCCCAGGGGAAGGCUGAGAACAAGGGGUUGAGGGGAGGGUCUUGCAAAGGACGGGGCUUCCUUCCAGGCUAGGUUUCAAGGAAAAACGAGUGAGUGGCGUUUUGGAGGCAGACCUUAGCGGAGAAGAAAGAGAUGGUGGGACGUAGGAAGCUCAGAUAGCGGUUAGUAGUAAUCAGAGCAGCUUGCCUGUAGAGCCCUUGCUGUGUGCCCUGCCUGAGUGAGCGCGCGGUGUGCACUGCCCCAGUUUUGCUUAGUCCUCACCUCCGCUCCCUGAGGUAGGUACUCCCGUUCUCCCGCACUUGCACAUGGACAGAGGCAGGAGGUUCCAGGACCGGUUAUGGUCGCCCUGAAAGGUUGACUCAAGUGCACUUGGCCCCAAAUCUCUGUCCUCUCCUUCCCUAGGAAUGUGAAUCUUUAUCUGAAGAUGAUCUUCCCUCUUGAAGAAGAGUGGGAGGGCCUUUCAGAGGGGAAGGGUCUUGUCGAGGAAUACGAGAGGCUUCGGGCACAGUGUGGGGACUUUGGGAGGAGUAGGUGGGGCGAACAGUGGGCGGGGUUUAGAGAGGAGUGGGGAGUCCAUCGGAAAAGAAGGGGAGAGGCUUAAAAACGGCCCAGUAGAGUAGAAGCCACCUGGCGCUGAUUACGAAGAUUGCCAGAGGAGCGGGAGAAGGGUUUGUAGGAGAGUGGGAGGGGCUUACAGGAUGGUGGGUGUGGCUUGGAGGGAAGUGGGAAGGGUUUCCAGGGGACAGAGGGUGGGUGUGAGUCCAGGGAGCCUGAUGGAGAGGGCUCCUGGGACGCUGACUCCACCUGCCCUCCAUGUCUCCUCCCUGCUCCAGAGAGAGCCUCCAUUCGCCACUGCCUUCCCACCACGCCAUCAUGGCUGAUACCCCGCUGCCAGUGCCCCCGGUCCCUGCCCCGGCCCCGGCCCCAGCUCCUCCCGCUGCUGCUCCCCGGGUUCCGUUUCACUGCAGUGAGUGUGGCAAGAGCUUCCGCUACCGCUCGGACCUUCGGCGUCACUUCGCCCGGCACACUGCCCUCAAACCCCACGCGUGUCCACGCUGUGGCAAGGGCUUCAAACACAGCUUCAACCUGGCCAACCACCUGCGUUCGCACACCGGCGAGCGGCCCUACCGCUGCUCUGCCUGCCCCAAAGGGUUCCGAGACUCCACCGGCCUGCUGCACCACCAGGUCGUCCACACUGGCGAGAAGCCCUACUGCUGCCUCGUCUGUGAGCUCCGCUUCUCCUCGCGCUCCAGCCUGGGCCGCCACCUCAAGCGCCAGCACCGCGGAGUGCUCCCGUCCCCGCUGCAACCUGGCCCAGGCCUGCCGGCCCUGAGCGCGCCCUGCUCCGUCUGCUGCAAUGUGGGGCCCUGCUCAGUGUGCGGGGGCGCGGGGGCCGGUGGUGGCGAGGGCCCAGAGGGGGCAGGUGCGGGCCCGGGCAGCUGGGGGCUGGCAGAGGCCGCCGCCGCGGCCGCCGCCGCCUCGCUGCCCCCCUUCGCGUGUGGAGCCUGCGCGCGGCGCUUUGACCAUGGCCGCGAGCUGGCGGCCCACUGGGCGGCGCACACCGACGUGAAGCCCUUCAAGUGCCCGCGCUGCGAGCGCGACUUCAACGCCCCCGCGCUGCUGGAGCGGCACAAGCUGACGCACGACCUGCAGGGCCCGGGCGCGCCCCCCGUGCAGGCCUGGGCCCCGGGGGCCAGCGCGGGGCCCGACCCGGCCGGCGACGUCAGUGGUGCGGCGGAGGCGGGCGAUGCCCAGGCGGCCUGGGACGGCGGGCUGCUCCUGGGCCGCGCCGGGGGCGGCGUGCCCGAGCUCGCGGGGCUGCUCCCGGAAGGCGGCGGGGAGGCUCCUGCCCCAGCGGCCGCGGCCGAGGCGUCGGAAGACACCCUGUACCAGUGCGACUGCGGGACCUUCUUCGCGUCGGCCGCGGCGCUGGCCAGCCACCUGGAGGCCCACUCGGGCCCCGCCACGUACGGCUGCGGCCACUGCGGGGCCCUGUACGCGGCGCUGGCGGCCCUGGAGGAGCACCGGCGGGCGAGCCACGGCGAGGGCGGCGGAGCAGAGGCGGCGCCCGCGGCCUCGGAGGGGGAGCCCGCGUCCGGCGAGGCCGCGUCCGGCUCCGGCCGGGGCAAGAAGAUCUUCGGCUGCUCCGAGUGCGAGAAGCUGUUCCGCUCGCCGCGCGACCUGGAGCGCCACGUGCUGGUGCACACGGGCGAGAAGCCGUUCCCGUGCCUCGAGUGCGGCAAGUUCUUCCGCCACGAGUGCUACCUCAAGCGCCACCGGCUGCUGCACGGCACCGAGAGGCCCUUCCCCUGCCACAUCUGCGGCAAGGGCUUCAUCACGCUCAGCAACCUCUCGCGGCACCUGAAGCUGCACCGCGGCAUGGACUGACGCCGCAGGCCGCCCUGCUGCCCUGCCGCCCCGCCUCGGGGGCCGCACUCGGGGCCCGGGGAUCUGCACUCAGGGCCCGGGGCCAGAUCCCCGGGCCCCGCCAUCAGGGGACCCUGGCUGGAGCUAAGGGGCCACCAGACACUUGCACGGGCCCCUGAGCUGGGGGCAGCAAACAAACCGGGGAGACUCCUCAGCUGCGAGGUCCGGGACCUAGGAAGAGACUCCUGAGCGCCCCGAAAUCAAAAGGCCUCCCCGAGUGCUGGGGACGUAGCAAUGAGAUGUGGGUGUCUGCAAGUACUUCUCAUCUUGAGGACCCUAGUGAUAAGAGAUGGGCAUCCUUCCCCCAAGGAAGACUGCCCCUCUCCCCAAGAGCCAUCAUUCCCAACGACCUUGAUCUGGAGAAUGUGGGGGAACCAUGUCCCUGAAUUUCCCUGGAUCCCCCCAAAUGCUACCCACCAGUCACUGGUGCCCUCCAAAAAUGGAUAGAGCCGAAAUCUGCCUUCCCCCCCACCCACCCCAUUUCAUUCCUUAUGCUGAAAGAGGACCAGGGUAGAUGCCCCUGCCCUGAAAACCCCUCCCCCAAUUAGGUCUCCCUCCCCCAGGGCAGAAUGGAUCCACCCUAAUGAUCUUCCCCAUCCCAAACACUAGAAUAGGCUGGUUUGAAAUCCCUCCUGCCCAGUAGAAUGAACUGAAUCAGAUACACACCCCUGUCCACUGGAAUGGGCUGGUCUAGACUGUGGCCUGUACCCCACCCUCCGUAGGCCGAUAUGGCAGACACUCCUCCCUCCCUCUAGAGUGCCGGCCAGUCCCCAUCAUUCCCUAUCUGAACUCAUCCGAGUGGGAAGUGGUGGACUCUGGGGCUUUCCUCCCGCUCUGCUGUAGCACCUGUCUUUCCAUCUCUGUUGGUUUGUCUGUCUCUGUGUUCCCUCUCAACCCCAAGGGGAAGGGGGGCUUGGCUAGGGGGUUCCCCCCUGUGAGCCUCGACCUUGCCCCUCAUCCCACUCCCUAAUGUCUCCAGGGCCCCAAUAAACCUUGUCCUGUCAGUCA